UUUCCUUAACCAGCGUCACAUCAAGUGAAAGGACAUCAUGAGAAAAUACGGCUGGAACACUUUCAGGGAUUUAAUAUUCCGAAAUCCUGCAGCGGACAACAAGGAUCCACAUGUUGAUGAUGGGGAUGAGAACACAGAACGAGGGAACUGGGCCAGCAAGAGAGAAUAUAUCCUCUCUACAAUCGGCUAUGCUGUUGGACUGGGAAAUAUCUGGAGAUUUCCCUAUGUUGCCUACAAGAAUGGAGGGGGUGCCUUUCUCAUCCCCUACUUUGUGAUGUUGGUGGUGGCUGGAAUCCCUCUCUUCUUCCUGGAGAGUGCCCUUGGUCAAUUCUGCAGCCAAGGUCCUAUCAACAUAUGGAGAGCGGUGCCUCUACUGCAGGGUGUUGGCGUUGCAAUGGUCAUGAUGACUCUUAUAGUAUCAAUUUACUAUAACGUUAUCCUAUCCUACAGCCUGUACUACUUGUUUGCCUCCUUCCAGUCUCCUUUACCGUGGACCAGCUGCUUCAGCUGGGCUGACAGUAACUGCAGCAACACGCCUACAGUGUCUUGUAAUGUAAGUGGUGUGUUAGUGGCCAACUGGACUCAGGAAAACAUCACUUGUCCUUCAUCUGACCUGAUCACAUUUCCAGUGCAGAGUCCAAGUGAACAGUACUGGGAUCGUGUGGCUCUGCAGAGAUCCAGUGGUCUGGAUGAAACAGGACCAGUAGUCUGGCAUUUGGCCCUUUGUCUGCUGCUGAGUUCCAUAUUUGUUGUUGCAGCACUUUUCAAAGGUAUCAAGUCAUCAGGAAAAGUUGUGUAUUUCACAGCCACAUUUCCAUAUGUGGUGAUUUUCAUCCUGCUGAUCAGAGGUGUUACCCUAGAGGGAGCUAGAGAUGGCAUAGAGUUCUACAUUGGGUCACAAUCUAAUCUGACUAAACUCUAUGAAGCACAGAUCUGGAAAGAUGCAGCAACUCAGAUCUUCUACUCUCUCUCCAUUGGCUGGGGCGGAGUCAUGACUCUUGCUUCCUAUAAUAGCUUCCACAACAACAUGCUCAAGGAUGCAUUUGUAGUAACACUGACAAAUGCAGGCACCAGUGUGUUGGCAGGCUUUGCCAUAUUUUCGAUUUUGGGUCACAUGGCUCACAUCUACAAAAUGCCUGUUGGACAGGUUGUGAAAGAAGGGUUUGGCCUGACAUUCAUUGCAUAUCCAGAUGCUUUGUCUAAGCUUCCGAUAUCCCCGCUGUGGUCCACUCUAUUCUUCUUAAUGCUCCUGACUGUAGGUCUGGACUCUCAGUUUGCAGGAAUAGAGGUGGUCAUCACCUGCCUGUUAGACGCUUUCCCUAAAAUCUUCAAACACAAACAUACCUUACUGACGGUAACAACAUGUGCCAUCAUCUAUCUCCUUGGCCUGCCAUGUGUCACACAGGCAGGAAUAUACUGGGUGACACUAAUCGACCAGUUUGUUUCCGGCUGGGUGCUGCUUAUUCUGGCCCUCUUGGAGAUCAUUGGUGUUUGCUACAUAUAUGGAGGGAACCGUUUUAUUAAAGACAUUGAGAUGAUGCUUGGGAAAAAGAGUUUCAUUUUCUGGCUGUGGUGGAGAGCAUGUUGGUUUUUCAUCAGUCCCUGCAUCCUAGUGAUGAUCCUGGUGUGGUCUCUGCUGACAUUUACUCAACCCUCCUAUGGAACAGUCAAUUUCCCAGUCUGGGGCCUGGCUCUGGGCUGGUGCAUUGUUCUGUUCCCCCUGCUCUGGAUUCCUGUCAUUGCUAUGUAUAAGAUGAUGAAAGCAGAGGGAAGCCCCUGGAAGCGUCUGAAGUCAUUGUGUUCUCCAUCCAAAGAGUGGCAUCCCUACCUGGAUUUCCAUCGAGGAGAGCGCUACUCAGAAGAACGCAGCUGCCGCAUGAAGAACCGUGAAAACAUGCCAGAAGUAAACGUAAAUGUAAUCUCUAGCUCAUGGCUCUGAUGUGUCUUUUUGUAUUUUUACUGUCAACCUCUCAUCUUGGUAGAGGAGUGUAAUCUGUGUAAAUGAGUGUAAGUAAAACUGCUUUGAGUGAUUUUUGACCACUUUCUGGCUUACAUUAUCUGUUGGGACAGGUAGCAUACAACAGGGCUGUGUGUGUUUGUGUGUGGAACAGUAAAAAAGCAAGUUGUCCAUGGUGGUUAAUUUUUCCGCUGUAUUUCAUCAAAAAUAUUUAAUGUUCUAUCAGUUGUUUCAGUGAUCUUGCUUCUCUUAUCAUGUCCUUUACUUUUUUGUUAACCAACGAAAUCCUUUGUUCAGCACCUCUGAUAUUCUACAAAAAAUAAAUGGGUAAUAAACCUUGCAAGCUAGUUCAGGCAGCCAACUCGAGCUGCGCUGCUCCAAUCAUGUGACAUACCUCAUUCUCCACAAUCAUCCAUUACUCACACCCCCCUUAUUAGGCGGCCUAUUUAAGCAGAGAUAAAUUUCCCAUCAACCCCUUUGCUCACACUGCUGCUGCAGUAUUGCUUCCAACUGCUUCAGCCCCUCCACCACCCCAGCAUCCACCUGCAGGCUCCUACGGGGUUUUACAAGUGUUUACUCGUCACUCCCAUCAUAUCUGUGUAAUCAUAUCGGGGGAGUGCUUAGGUCGGAGCCUAGACACUAACCCAAACACUAACCUGUUCUACUGCUGCAAUAAA